GUGCUAGAGAGAGACGGAGAGACAGGCAGGACCCCCUGACGAUGAGGAUGGUGAGGAGGAUAACGACGUCCCUGGCUGGGAAAGGGAAAGGUACCUGUCUGAGGAGCACCCAGCGGGCUUGGGCGGCUGCCUGCCGGCUUCCUUCCCGGGCUCCUCCGGCGUCUCCCUCCUCUCCUUCUGCCUGACACCUGUCAGCUGGGGGAGAAGCGCUCAUGGCGGGAGCGGCUCGCGCCGGGGCUCAAACUUGAGGGAGAGCGCGCCAAAAAGAAUAGAUCUAUAAAAAGAGUGAGGCGGGGUGGGAAGCGAAGUGCAGCGGGGAAAGGAUAGCCCCGAGCGACCCGCCGCCUCACUGAGAGAGGGAGAGCACAUGGAGGGGAAGGGGGAAGCCGCCUCAGAGCUUUCGCCUCAAUGUUUUCCAGCAGCAGCUGUGACAGAGAACCUCCCAUGGAGCCCGGAGGGAGAGGAGGGACAUUGGGCGCCAUCUUUGAUAAGGGCUAAGGGACGUUGCGCGGUCGGGUAAGCUGCGGCAACUGUGAGGGGAGAUGGACUUGGGAAGCUUUCGAGGCUUGCAGGAGUUUUAUAUGACCUCUUUGAGCGUUUCUUUUCAAAGUGGGGAAGACGUGGUCUGAAGACUCUCCACCACCAUAGCAGAAGGAAUAUAGCCGACGAAGCUUCCCUCUCAUCUCUAUCGCUCCUACUCUGUGGAGCCAUAGGAAGACUGGGAGGAACUUCACCUGUUGAUUUUUCUGCCCGUCAUGUUAAGGCACAGUAGCUCCCUCUUUAAAGAAAACAACACAAAAUCGCUAUGAAAACUUAAAAAGUAUAAAUAUUUUAUUUCGGCUUCGGCUCGGGAAAAAAUAUCAGGCUGAUGUUGAAUAUAAUUUUAACGAGAGAGAGAGAGAGAGAGAAGUUGGGAUAAUGAUCUCAAAUCAGGGUUUGGUUUUUGGUUUUUUUGGGGGGGGGAAUAUUUAAAUGCCCGGAACCAAAAUGGAGACAGGAGGGUCCAGGUUCUCCGGCAUCUUAUCUACGGGCAGGGAAAACGAUAGAAGGGACGUGUGAUGCUAGGCCGCCAUUUUGUCUAAGGGCAAACCAGUGACUCUCUAGAAAGCGGCCUUGGCUGCCAUCUUGCUUAUGGGCAACGGUAUCCAGCGUGUCGAGUGAGGGCAACCGAGGCGUUGAGUCGCGGAGCUAUGAUGCCAUCGCAGUUCGUCUCACCAUGCUGCUGCGCUUGUCAGCGAUCAACAGAUUCUGAGCUGUAGCGGCUUCCGCUGUGAGAUUCGCGUUUUCCCCCUGAAGUAUUAUAUACCUGCUUACGGAAAGGCAGAAAGUUAAAAGGUAGGUCCUGAUGCUGCAUUCCUACUGAUUUUGCCGAACUAGAAAUGGUCAUUGUACUGAAAUUUAGCUAAAUUCUGCUUCAAAUCCCCAUGGCAUCGUUACAGACAAUAAAUGUCCUUAUUUACUAAAACAGCAAAUAUAUGGAAAAUAACUGCUCCUUAGGUUGUAUAUGCUAUAGUAACGGUGCAGCUCUGUGGUUGCUUGCUGAGAAGUAAAUAUGCUUUAUAAGAAUGCAACUGCAGCACAGGAAAAAUCACGCCAAUAAUUCAUUCAACCUAUGAGCUGCCUCAGUGCUGCAGGGAAUAAAUCACCUGGGGGCUGCUGCCUGAAUUCCUGAAAUGAGUCCCCUGGCUCUUUAUGGGGAGAUGGCAUGGGCUGUUAGGAUCUUAUGUUGCAAAAUAUAAUUGAUUUGCUGUUAUCUUUUAAGGCAGCUUUUAACUGUGAUGAUACUGGCAAUAUUGAGCAUCAUGUGGGAAUUCUUACAACCUUUUAACAUAUAUACUGUUUUCGGAAAGCAGUGAAGAAAUGUUUACAAUUGUUUCUUUCCCCUCCCCAGCUUUCACUCUGAUUCCUGUACAUGCUGCAUAUCUGGGAGGGAAAUCUUACCAUCAGUUCAUACUGUGUGGUGGUGUCUACUUCAAUCAAGCCUGACAUGACUUUGGAAUCACAAAUACAUUUUUUAAGAAUGAAGAAUCAAGUAAAAUGAAUAUGUUGUCAUCAUGCUUUUAGGCUCCAUUUACUUUCUUCGCCUCCUGAAGGGCAGUACUGGUCACUUCAAGAACCACUCUAAAUAUUCUGUAUCUGCAGUCCUAAGAUCUUGUAGUCAAACAAAGCUACAGGCAUUUUUCUUUGCAAAGCACCUGAGAAAUCCCUGUGUUGUUCCUCAUUCCCAUGGAGCCAUUCAGUCAUGGAGGUUCUUUUCCUGUAAGGUAUGCCAUUUGAACAAAUCUUUCAGCCCAGUCGAUCCUCGAAUCCUUGUGUAGAAGGAUAGAGAAGACCCUAAAUAGUUCAUAGAUCAGAGAUCUCACAUCCUUUUUUCCUGAUGAGCAGAAAUCUUCUUCCAUGUGCAAACAAAGUGAGGUACACUGACAAUCUUUAUGUUUGCACAAUGUUUACAUUUACAAUGGUACCUUCUGUUCUGAAGGCCAAACUAGAAAUGACAUUAAUAAUAAUAAUAAUAAUAAUAAUUUUUAUUUAUACCCCGCCCUCCCCAGCCAAGGCCGGGCUCAGAGCGGCUUACAAGCAAUAAUAAAAACAAGAUGAAUGAUUACAACUUAAAAACAAAAAUAAAAUACAACAUUAAAAUAAUGGAACAUUAAAAUAUUAAAAUGUAGCCUCAUCGCAGGAGGAGAAGGAAAAGAAAAAAGAGAGGGAGGGAGGGAAUCAAAUUGGCUCCAAGCCAAAGGCCAGGCAGAACAACUCUGUCUUACAGGCCCUGUGGAAAGAAAUCAGAUCCUGCAGGGCCCUGGUCUCAUGAGGCAGAGCGUUCCACCAGGCCGGAGCCAGAGUUGAAAAGGCCCUGGCUCUGGUUGAAGCCAAUCUAACUUCCUUAGGGCCUGGGACCACUAGGGUGUUGUUAUUUAUGGACCUUGAUUGAGGCUCUCCGUGGGGCAUACCAGGAGAGGCGGUCCCGUAGGUACGAGGGUCCUAGGCCGUGAAGGGCUUUAGAGGUCAAAAGCAGCACCUUAAAUCUGACCCUGUACUCCACCGGGAGCCAGUGCAGCUUGAAAAGCACUGGGUGAAUAUGCUCCCAUGGCAGAGACCCCGUGAGGAGCCUCGCUGCAGCAUUCUGUACCCGCUGGAGUUUCUGGGACAGCUUCAAGGGCAGCCCCGCGUAGAGCGAAUUACAGUAGUCAAGCCUGGAGAUGACCGUCGCAUGGAUCAUCAUUAAUAGUAUAAAUGCAGUUAAAGUACACUUUUUGGUAUUUAAAGAGCAGCAAUGGAAGCCUAAGCAGCCUUAGGACCAUGGAGGUUGAGAAUGGGGGUUAAUACUCCCUCUGCCUCCCAUGAUCCUGACAAAGAUCACAUCUCCAAAGCUGCUACUUGCAGCUUGCAAGGGAAACCAUCAAUAGCAGCAAUGAAGACUUCCCUUUGGAGAGGCAGUACUUUGGGGAGUGUGAGAUAAAGAGAAAUAACCCCCACUCCCAGUAUGAUCUCAAGGCUUACUGAUUAUCCCCAAGAUUGAAAAAAAUUAAUUGCGUUCACAUGGUUAACAUGCUUAGUGUGCUCCUGACUUAACCCCCCUAUCAUUUGGUAUACAAAAUGGUAGUGGCCAAAUUGCUGCAAGGCCAAGUUUGUUGAGCAUAGUUCUACAAUGCAUGACAAAGAAUGCAGUUCCUACUUAAUAGAACUUGGCUUUUUGUGGCUUGUUUUGUACCAGGAUCUUCUAGAAUCAGAGCAGGAGAACUGGAGAGCUUGUUCAGCAAAAUAUAUGGCUAUGACAAAGAGGAUGAAACGAAGAUUAGAAGCUCAUUAUGACAAGUAUUCAUCCAGUCUGAGCAGCCCAGUGGUAAGAAAAUACAUGGGGAGAGCACUCCACAAGCAGGGAGCCGCUGCAUGUUGCCACCCUCCAGACCUCUAAUGGACAAGCCACACGAAGAAGAGACUCAUAUGAUGAUUGCAGGGUCUGGGUCGGUUUAUAUGGGUGGAGGCAGUCCAUGAGGUAUUGUGGUCCUAAGCCAUUUAAUCAUUUUAAACUGGACCUGGAAAUUAACUGGCAACCAGUGCAGUUGGGCCAGGAUUGGCAAUAUAGGCUCAAACCAUCUUGCCCCAGUGAGCAACCUGGCUGCUGGAUUCUGCACCAGCUGAAGUUUAUGAACUUUCUUCAGAGGCAGCCCCACAUACAACGCGUUGUCUUACCGUAUUACCAGAGCAUAGAUGACAGAAGUUCAGCUAUCCUUGUCCUGAUAGAGGCACAGCUGGGACAGCCCCAUGACAUGUUGAGAUGGCCCCAUGGUUGUCAUGGCAACCAUGAGGUCCUGAGCCAGUCACCUCAGCAUAGAUGUUGAAGUCCCCCAAUGCCAGCACUCGGGGAGAUUGCUAGGCAGUGAGCUGGGCACUAAACUAGCAGAAUCUGUCUCCAUUGCUCAGUACCAGGAACACAUACUCUAGAUCCACCCCCAACAUGAUAUAGAGAGAUAAUGUCUAUAGAUCACAGCAACUCCCCCACCCCGACCAUCAAAUCUGCCCUGAUGCUGCCCUGAGUACUCAGGGUGGGCACAGCUGGGUGAGAUCAAUUCCAUCCUGCUCACCCACCCAGGUUGCAGUGAUACAGACCAGAUUGACCUCCUCAUCCAUAAUCAGAUCACAGAGAGGGAGGUCGUAUUCAGAGCUGACCUGGCAUUCAGCAACAGCAGCCAUAGACCUAAGGGCUGGCUGAUAUGACAACCGGAAUUCUCCAGGUUGGAGGAGGGGCUGGCACAUGGCUCAGUCACUAUCACCCUGUGCUUUGUGCCCCUUAUCCAACCUACUCCACCUUCCACACCAUACUUUCCCAUACCCUGAACAGCUGUGAUUUGCCUCAGCUCCUUUCCUCUCAUCCCAGACACAUCUCCCCUCCAUCAAUAAAAAGAUACAACUAUAACAGCUGCCACCACCCCACACAAAUUAAAAACAAUUAAAACCUUCCAACAGCCUGGGUUGGAGGAGAGAAUGACCCUGCCCAUGGCCAAAUAUCUGGGGAUGCACCAGUAUCCCAGUUGUUUCUGUGAGUAAUUAGUAAUUAGGAUAAUUACAUUAAUAAACCUUAUUUGCUGAUGCUGAUUGUUUCUUAUUCUUUUUGUGUUCCGUAAACUUCAAAAGAGUUCAGUUUGUUAUGCAGAAGCUUCAGAAAAAUAUUUGGACUCCUAAUGUGAGAGGAUGACCUAAUUCUGCAGAUUUUGUCUUGGACUCUUGUCUGUCUUGAUUUUAAACAGAUUAGGUUUGGAGAGUAUGUUUACUUUGAAGAAAAUGGCUGCAUAUUUCGUUCGAAGCUGGGAGAAAUAGGUAUGAGUCCCUCUUGCUUUUGCCCAGGGUGGUUUCCUUUUACUGUUUUCAGUGUUUCCAUGCACAGUUUUAGCAACAACAAAAAAGGGCAGUCAAACCACAUUACAACAAAGAGUGAUUUAGCAAGGGGACAUGUUUUGUGUCCCUACCAGAGGUGCUGGUGGUGAAGACUCUUAAGGCUAUUGGACCUGAGGGAUUUCAGCAUCCAUUCUGUGACUUUCUUGUCUGAAGUAGUUUGGGAGUGCAUGGUCUCCCAAACUACCACUGGCUCUCCACCCUUGGUGGCUGGUGGAUCAGGAAGACUUGCUGAGGGAGUUUCCCACUGCUUUGCCAAGGCUUCUGCCAAGGCUCUAACCACAGCCUGAGAUAGGUAAAUAACUCCAAGCUAUCAAUAUAAUUGUUCCCAAAUAUCCUUGAUUCAAUUGUAGAGUCAAAUUAGCACCCUGAUACAGUUUUGUGUUGGCUUCAGUCCUUCCUGAUAGGUUGGACCCAGUAGGUGCUGGGAGACUUCUGUUCUACCUCAUGACCAUUGGCAUAUGAAGUGCCCAGAGUAUCUAUUCUGUCUUCUGUGCUCUUCAAUAUCUACAUGUAAUCAAUAGGCUGGCAGUUGUUCUUAUCUAAGAGCCAUAUGUUGGGCUUUGGUUCAUAAUCUGUGACACAGUACAUUUGAAACAACCUAAUUUUAGGGGCAAAAAUCUGAUGAUAAGGCCAGAUGUAAAGUACCGUAUUUUUCGCCCUAUAGGACACACUUUUCCCCCUCCAAAAAUGAAGGGGAAAUCUGGGUGCGUCCUAUGGGGUGAAUGCAGGCUUUCGCUGAAGCUUGGAGAGCGAGAGGGGUCGGUGCGCACCGGCCCCCCACGCUCUCCAGGCUUCAGGAAGACAUCCGCAGCCUGGGCAGCCCUGCGGGAGUUCCCGCAUGGCUGUCUAGGCUGCGGAUAGCAGCCUGUUUCCCAGAGCGCCGGGCGUGCUGAAAGCAGAGCGCCCGGCGCUUCGGGAACACAUCCUCAGCCUGGGCAACCCUGCGGGACCUCCCACAGGGCUGUCUAGGCUGCGGAUAGCAGCCUGCUUCCUGGAGCGCCGGGCGCGCUGAAAGCAGAGCGCCCGGCAUUUGGGAACGCAUCCGCAGCCUAGGCAACCCUGCGGGAGUUCCCGCAGGGCUGUCUAGGCUGCGGAUAGCAGCCUGCCACCCGGAGCGAGGGGCGCCCUGAAGCAGAGCAUCCCUCACGCCGGGCAGACAUCCGCAGCGUGGGGAGCCCUGCAGGAGUUCCCCGCAGGGCUCCGUACCCUGCGGAUAGCAGCCUGCCUCCCGGCGCAAGGGGCGCCCUGAAGCAGAGCGCCCCUCGCGCCGGGCAGACAUCGGCCAGCCCCACAAGCUCGGGGGACAGCAGGGAGGCGCAGCGCCGCCAUCCCGCUGUUCCUCGACCUGGUUCGGUUUCCCCGACCUGGUUUUGGGGGGGAAAUAAAGGGGGGGGGAAUUUCCUUUAUUACCCCCCAAAAAAACUAGGUGCGUCCUAUGGGACGGAGCGUCCUAUGGGACGAAAAAUACGGUAAUAAAGCUUUACACUUUGUCAAGCUUUUCUUUUGUCAAAAUUAUUGGGUGGAAUCCAGAGAGCCCCUGCUACAACUGGAAGGUAUUUCUCCUUAUGUAAGAGGGAUCGCCUAUUUCUACCAAUUUUCUCCAGUCCGACUGCAACAAUUCAGAUUUCAUCCCACACCAUUCCAGAGAGUCCUCUGUGUUUAAAAAGCCAGCCCACCCCAUUCCAAAGGAGUUUCCACUGCAGAAGAUCAUCCAGAGUGGUAAGCUUUUUGGGUUGGGCAGGCUUCUUGCUAGAUAUGGAAUCUUUAUCACCUGGACAGUACAAAUAUUGCCAUUAGAAUUAGUUAAGAUAGCAUUAUCAAGCAAAAAAAAAAAAAAGUAGCACAGUCUUAUUCAUUCAGCUGUGACAGUCUGUGUAAUCCUAUACAUGUCUGCUCUGAAGUAAAUCUCUUUUAAUUCAGUGGCACUCAGGUAAGUGGGAUUUAGAGCUGCAUUCUAAUUCCAUUUGAAGAACUGGGACAUAGAUUUGUCAUACCUAAUUUGUUCCAUGACUAUCUUUAGCUGGAUCAACGUGCAUGUAUACAUUGCUACUUAAUAGGAAAACACUGCAUUUAUAAAAAAAUCACAAAAAGUACACAGAAACAAUAGCUGUUCUCUGUAUUAGGUUUACAGUAUUGCUUUUUCUUUCUUACAUUGUAGAUGAAGGAAACAAUGAAAUACUGCUUAGUACAGAAGCACUACCGUUUCAUAAUUCCCUUAUCCAACGCAUCCGAAUUUGCCCAGAUCACAGAUAUAUGGCUGUUGCGAUUAAAAGUGCACAUUCUGAAGAGUCCGCGUGUAUUGUUGUGAAAUUAGACACAUUACCAAAAGUUGAAUGUAUCAUCCCAAAUGUCUUUAGCUUUGGUAAGCUGUUAGCAUAAACCUCUUUCCUUCGUAAUGUAAUAUAUCUCAGAUGGAAGACCAGACUGUUAUUGAAUCUUCACAACAUUCAGGUUUAUCAGAUGUUGCCCAUGCAUUUGUAAUUUGUCUAAAUAGAUCCCUGUUUCAUCCUCCAAUUAAAAUAAAACUAAUUGUGGCAUUUGUGUUGCUGGGAAAGAAAUUUGUGUCACUUAUAAUGAGUGAUGUCACGGGCACUGCUCAAUAGGCACUUGCAAACAGGAGUAAGUUGGCUUGACAGGACAGGGUGGCAGUGAGGUGGGAGCUGCAUGGAUGCACUGGCAGGAGGGCCAGAUUAGGGCUGUGUGUAUGUAUCACAGAGCCAAUUUCACUGCUGCUCUAUCCCACCUUCAGACCGUUCCAAUAAGUGGCAGUGACGUUGCUGUCAGGAGGGAGGAGUUGCAGCACUGCACCAACUGCUUUUGCUCACAGCUGCAUCCUCAAAGCUGCCGUGUUUAUGCUAGCUGUGAGGAAACUUUAAUAUUCACCACGAUAAAAUAUUUUGCAUCAGGUACUGUGGGGGAAAGGAGCAGGAAGAUUAAAUUGAAGAAAGAUGACUAAAUCUAACUCAAUAAUGAAAAACUGUUACAUGCUUAUUGUGUAAGAGAAGGAAAGGUUCUAAGCCUGAACUGGUUAUCUGUUGUUCUUCACAUUAAAUUCAAGCUUCUAGUCAGUGACUGAGAUCCAAAGGGUCACACACAGACUACAGUGCGUGCUUGGAAGAUUUUUUAUUUUCACAUUUUCUACUUAGCAUAAAUGAACACAACAGAUUUCUCAAAUUCCAAAACUAAAAUCCUGGUUCCUUCCAUAAUUGCAAAAACACUAAUUUGACUUUCCUUCUCCCCCCCCCCCCGCUCCACCCCCCAGAAUGGGCUGCACAUGAGAUUCUCCUCUAUACCACCCAGAAGAACCUACAGUGUCAUCAUGUGUAUUUAUGCGAUUUUAAUAAAAAACAUUCUGAGCUUGUUUAUACAGAACACGAUGCAAGGUAACUGAAUAUAUUGAACAGUUUUCUCUCUGUGUGAUCCAUUUUGUAUGUAAUGAGAAACUGUGGUUUGCUUUAGCCAGGAUCAAAACACUACUGUCAGUAUGCAGUGGGAGGUCUGAAGGAGGAGCACGUGGACCCAAAAAUCAUUUCUAGCUUAAUAUUAGGGGUGUGCACUGACCACAAGAUUUUGUUUGGACCCUGAUUCCGCUCUUUGGAAAACAGCCUGCCUUGGUCAAAAGUGCUUUGGAUGCUGUCUGAUUCGGCUCAACAUCUGAGUUCAGGGCGGGGGGAGAUUUCAUUCCCUCCCCCUUGCUCUUGGGAAAUCAAAAUGUAUAUAAGUGGAGCAGCAGAUCUUUGCCCUUUCUAAGUAAUUGGUUAUAAAGUAUUUGAAGAGUUUUAUCAUAUGCCCUCUCAUUCUUCUCCAGACAACACAUAGGCAGUUCCUUCUCAUUUGCUCACAGGGCAAAUGAAUAUAGGCUUGGAUCCAGCCAGGUUACAGCUCAAGCAAAAGGCCUUUUUGCUUAUAUAGUGGAGGUCUUCUGAUGUUGGAUGUUGGUUGCUUCCCUACCUGCAGCUGCACCUCUCCCACUCCCCAUACUGUAUUAGGUACAAUUCCCAAGCAUCCCUCAAUCCUCAGAAGCAGCUCUUCAUAAGGCAGCUGCAAGGGAGUUGGGGAAGUCCUGUUUCAUUCAUAGAAUUCUUCUCGUUUCGUAGAAUGCAAACCAUAUUGAUUUGGCGCACUUAUCUGUGUGCUGAAAGUAUGCAACAAGAGCAGGUUUUGAUCAAAUACUUGUGUGUUUUUUUAAAAAGCAGAAAUAUUUCUUUUUCCUAAAAAGAAGGAAGUAAAGAUCAGCUUGUAGUUUUCUUGGAAGAGUUACAGUUCCGUUGACAAAGAGGCUAAUUUGCUGGGUUUUAUGCAUAAAGGGUCCACAACUUUCUAAGUCCUGUCCUGCAUUAGUUUGUCCGUGCCCUGAUUUUUAGUCCUUUGGAAAAAAAGCUGAAUAAAUUUUUGACUAACCUCUUGUUCUAAUAUUUCUGUCUUGAAUCUUUUCUUUACCUUUCCUUCCAUGAAGCUGACAAUCUGCCUUUUCAGAAAGUUGUAAAAUAGAUUGUGGAGCCUAAAUUCUACACAUUACUGUACAUGAGAUAAUGGUUUAAAAGGAAACACAAACCUGUAAAAAUGAAACACGAAAAUGUGAGAAUUGCAGACUAAAAGAGAACAUUAAACUCCAGAGUUACGUAAGGAACAAAACGAAUGCACUCAGAGAUAAAUAGGUAUUGGGUUGGAUCCAGUCUUAUUUGGAUUUAGUUCCCACUGAAAUCAGUGGACUUAAUUCAUGACAAUUUGCCCCAUUGAUUUCCUUGCCACCUAAGUCCAACUAAGUCUUUAUCCAACCCAAUAAACUUUUCAUGUAUUGUUAGAUAUGGAUGUGGCUUGCAAAAUUCCUCAGUGAAAGUAAUAUGCAGUGAUUCAAUAUUUUGAAAGAUUUCGUAUUCUGGAGUAGAUGCCAAGCUAUGGUACUCGCUAUACACAUCCAAAAAUGUGAUGAUGAUGUAGUCAUGACAGGGAAAGGACCGGAGCCCAGUAGCCAAAGGUCCCAGGUUCAGUCCAAAGCAUCUCCAGUCAAAAGUUGCAUUACCCUGGGGGUAAUCAGUCAAAGGCUGCAUGCCAAAAGUGUGCAGCCCUUAAGCCAAUGAGAUGGAGCCAGAGCAAAAAGUGGGUGAGGCAGACUGCUGGGGGAGGCACAGAGGACUCCUGCCAGAGAUCUGAACUGAUUGUUUGCCAAGAGGCAAAUACAGCCCCGCUGUGGGCUAGAUCAGCAAAUAGGAAUCUGCUUUACUGAGUCAGACUUUAUCCCUAGAUUCAUGUUACUGUAAAUGGCAUUGGAUAGCACCCCCCCCCCAUUUUUUUGGAAACUCCUGUUAUCCAAAUAUCUUGGCUAGCUCUACUGGUGAUGUUUGCUAAUAGUUUGUUGUUUUCUUGCAGAUAUUUUGUGGAUCUCUACUGCACGAAAGACAGGCGCUUUCUGACUAUAAACAGUAGUAGCAAAAAUUCCUCUGAAGUGUGGUUGGUUGAUUGCCACCACCCUUUUGAGUCUCCGGUUCUUGUGCAACAACGAACAGAAGGAGUCAUUUACCACAUUGAACACAGAAACAAUGAGUUGUACAUUCUUACUACAUAUGGAGACCCAGUGGGAUACAAGGUAUAUAGGCAGAGGCGGAGCUAGCUUCUCCAGCACCAGGAGCGGCACACAUGCUGUGCACCUGGGGGCGGGGGCUAGCUGCCUGCGGGGACGGGGCGAGCGUCCCAGGGGGGCGCCGUGGCGAUAUCACCCCCCUCAGGGAUGACACUUGAGGCGGACCACACCCACCACAUCCCGCUUCCUCCACCAGUGGGUAUAAGAUGCUGAUAUGCAAGUAAGUGUUUAGGUUGCUUCAAACAUCUAGUAGCAAGAGAUCCAAACUAUUCAAUAUAGUAAGUAAGUACUUCAAAGAAAAGUAAGUACUUUUAAAAAGUCCAUACAGUGGUACCUCGGGUUAAGAACUUAAUUCGUUCUGGAGGUCUGUUCUUAACCUGAAACUGUUCUUAACAUGAAGCACCACUUUAGCUAAUGGGGCCUCCCGCUGCCGCCACACUGCCACUGCAUGGUUUCUGUUCUCAUCCUGAAGCAAAGUUCUUAACCUGAGGUAAUAUUUCUGGGUUAGCAGAGUCUGUAACCUGAAGCGUCUGUAACCUGAAGCAUAUGUAACCCGAGGUACCACUGUAUAUGGCUUUCAGGUGCAUGGGCCUGGUCCCUAACAUGUAUCCUCUUUUCCUCCACCCAGGGGACACACAAAAAAUCAUUCAGAGGAGACUUCCAGCCAUUGGAAUGAAAUGUACACUUUAAACUGAAUGAGCUCAACUAGACUUCUGGAUUUUGUAGUGUUGAGUUCUAGACACCUUCAUUAUUAUAAAGAUAGGGUGAAGUAAGGAUAAUGAGAUGGUAGAUUCCCUGAUCGUGUUGGAUGGCUUUAAAAGGGGAUUGGACAAAUUCAUGUAGGAUAAGGCUGUCAGUGGCUACUAGCUGGGAUAACUGCAUAUGAAUGCCAGCUGCCGGGGAGCACAAGUCCUGCUUCUCGAUUUCUCGUAGGCAUCUGGUUAACCACUGUGAGGACAGGAUGCUGGACUAGAUAGUGCUUUUGUCUGCUCCAACAGCCCUCUCCUUAUCUUCUUCAUUACUUGGAAAUGUAAUAGAGAAAGCAAGCAAGCAGGGGUACAAUGUUUGAUCAGUUACAUUAAUCAAUCUUUGGAUUGGCUUAAAAAUGCUUUCUAUACAUUUUGAAGAAUAGAGUGUACAUUAGAUGCUUUCAGUACAAUGUGCACUUAGGAUGUGCGUGUUUCAAAAAUACAAGCUCUGAAAAAAAUGUAAUAAUUUGACAUUACUAAUGACAAGCAUCAUAAUGCAUUUUCCCACCAGUGCCUGCACCAGUUUUCAAUUUAUUUUGAAGUUUUAUUGUGGUUUUAAUUGUUUUUAGUUAUUUAGAAACUUACUGUUUCCCCCACCCCUGUAACUCUUGACAGCAGAGCAGUCACUUAGCACACUGAGGCAAAUAUGAACAAGGUUAUAUCCUUCAUGUGAAGCAAUGCUUCAUCAUUCAAUAGACCUUCCACUUUACUUAUUUUAUUUAGUCCUUUAAAAACUGGUUGGUUGAAUUUUAAAUGCAGCAAAUGGAUAUCCCUUCUCCAGCAAAACUACACAAUCCCAUUCAUUCCUUGAAUAGCACCCUCACGGUAGGUUGGUGCUAGUUCAAGUACAGACCUAUGAAAUAAUUCUAUAUUUUUGUUAUUAUGUAUUUGAGAAAGAUGGCUUUGAAAUUCCAUUGAAGGAGCUUCUGCUACUAUUUCCUAUUCUCUUUCAUAAAAAGCAGAAGAGUUUUCGACCUCCAGGGUUAGUAUAGAUCUAUCACAGUUUCCAUCAUUAAAUUCACUUUCAUAGUAUACAUUGUUCUAGAAAUGCAAUUCUGUCCAUUUCCACUCCUUAGCUCUGGUGCCCUCGUGGACUCCAUUUCAUCUUUUUAUUGUCCUUCCUGCUGAGAUAUGUGGAAGCUUAUAGGAAACACUGUAAAAUAGUUGAAAAGAAAUAUAAAGUAUUGCUCAGCUGGGCACUUUCUUGAUUUAUGGCUGGUAUUUGAGGAGAAACUGAAAACGUGUUACUUGGUUGGUUAUUCCUUCUUUUGUUGCAUUACCCUCAAAUGAUCAAAAUUUAACAUCCAUAUGCAGUAUACUGUAUAUACAUGACCUCCUGCUACAGAGGACAGUGGGAGAGAGAUUAUAGGUUUACCAUUUCAUCUGAAGACGAGUCGGAACAUACUUGUUCAGAUGCCAUGAAGCAACUAAGCACUACCUCUCCGGAAUAUCCAGAACUGUCAGGGGUAACAUUACACUAAGCUGCUAACAUGUCACCUAUUGCUACUGUAAGGAUAUUAGUAGUUGGGGAAAAGAUCAGCUUUCUGAAAAUGUUUGAAUAUUGCAUAAUUUCCAUUUUUUACAUGUAGGUGUUUGGACUCUUUGUUUUGUAGCUAAUGAAAGCUCCAGUUGACUCAUGUGGUUUGGAGAACUGGCUGCCCAUUUACACAGUGAAAGAAAACACCAAAUUAAUUGACUUAGAGAUGUUCAAAGACUACUGUGUUGCAUUUCUGAAGUUCUGCGGUCAUCUGUAUUUAGAUAUUUUUUCUUUUGUGUCAAACUCAGUUCGCAACGUUAAGGUAAAUGUUUUGAUUUAUAUACCCACCCACACAUUUUUAAGCGUAGUAUUUUAUUGCUCAAGAUUAAUUUAUAAAUUAAGGGCAAGUUGUAGUUUGAACUGGGUUUAUCCAGAUGCCUCCAGGGAUACACAAAAAACUAUGAUAUAAUCAAGGUAACAUAAAUAGUGGUACACAAGGUGUGUUUUUUUAAGCUGGAACUCUCUGGAACUGAGUUCCGGCACCUCUCAAGUGGGCACCAUUGCUAUUAUAAGAGAACACAGGAGGUGUUCAUGGUGAGUUCCGGCACCUCUUUUUCUAGAAAAUUAGUACUGGUUGUACGUUUCAUAUAGCCUUAUAGUGCUGACUGCAAGGGUGAUGGAUUAUAGUGUGGAAAACUGAGUAUUUUGGAAAGUAUCAUUUUAGAUCAUAGUAGAUCUAGAAACAACAACAAAACAUUGUGACUGCAGUUGUAUAACCACUUACCUGGAACUAAACCUCAUUGAACUCAAUGGAAUCUCUGACUUUCUAAGGAUUCUGAGGGAAUGGUUAUCAGCAUUAUGGAAUUACCUUUUGUUUCUGUAGCUCUCGCAUUGCAGAUUUUUAUGCUGUGAGCAUAUAGGAUAACAACUACAUUGUGCUGCCAUUAGCCUUGGUUAAGUGGUUGCUUAUAGUAUCAGCCUGUUAGGCGGUGACCCAAAAGUCCUGAGCCCCUGCCCCCACUUUUAAAGUGUGUUUUACUUUGUUUGUAGGGCUGCUACCCAAUUCUGGUUCAAUGAUGGAAUAAAGUCCAAUUGACUAAUGAACAAGAUGAUCAUUUUAAAAGCUUUAAUUUAGAAGUUGUUUUUAUGAUGAAAUGGAGGAAGUUGUGCUGUUGAUUGUAAAAACCAUCAUUUGCUCCCCCAGAUUUGUCUCUGUGGGACAGUUUUGGAGCUAGCAAAAUGUAAUACUGAGGUCCAGCACCAAGGGCCUUCUGGCGGUUCCCUCACUGUGAGAAGCGAAAUUGCAGGGAACCAGGCAGAGGGCCUUCUUGGUAGUGGUGCUCGCCCUGUGGAAUGCCCUCCCAUCAGAUGUCAAAGAAAUAAACAACUAUAUGACAUUUAGAAGACAUCUGAAGGCAGCCCUGUUUAGGGAAGUUUUUAAUGACUGAUGUUUUAAUGUAUUGCUAAUCUUUUGCUGGAAGCCGCCCAGAGUGGCUGGGGAAACCUAGCCAAAUGGGUGGGUUAGAAAUAAAUUAUUAGUAGUAUUAGUAUUAGUAUUAGUAUUAGUAUUAGUAGUAAUAGCACAGCUAUUUCCUAAAUGCUUAUUUUCAAAGCAAAACAAUGUUACAAAAUAUUGGGUGGUUUUGUAGCAUAAAUGAAAAAUCAUUAGUGGUUUAUCUUACAUACAUAAAACACAAAGUGAAUCCUUAUACCUGAACCAUUAUUUAUUUCCAUAGUAAAUUGCUGCAUACAGUCUUGAAGUAACCUAUAUAAAUAACCCUUUUAAUUAACCAAAAAGCCUCGUUUGUCUAAGAUUAUUAGAUAAAAUUCACCAUAUUUCCUUCCUUAAAGCAUAACUUUGUCAAUCCAGGCUUUCUUUUGAACUUUAUAAAUCAAAGGACAAAAGCUCUGCUCUUAAAAACCUUAGGCUAACUCCUGCCUUAAAACUCAGUUAUCUGAAAAUAUUUCAAAAUUUCACUUAGCAUACUUGCAAUAAAAGGGUAAACUUACACACUCCCCAACCAUUCUCCUAAUUGUAGCAUUCAAGUUAAAUAUAGUACCCAUUUUGUAGGAUUUUCUAGACUUUUUAGAAUGAUCCUCUUCAGGUUUUAAUCAAUUACACGGAGUGCGGUUUUUCUGUGUAAAGCUUUUUGACUCUGACUGCCACAAUUCCCAAAGCCUUUAUCAACCUACUAACCAGAACUCCUUAAAAGAAAGUAAGCAGUGGGUAAGAGACCCUGCUGCUCUCAGAGAAUGAAUCCUGAUUCUUUUCAUUUCUAGGAGUGUUAAGUCUUAAAACAUAAUAGCCCUGAGUUUCUGAGUGUAGCUGUGCCAAAAAAAUGAUUUUGUUCUUCACAGUGGCUAGCGCUGGGAAUAGAGUCAGAGGCAAGGAUUCUAAGUGGCUGAGCUCUGCAAAGCCGAUGCAUGGCCUCAGUGCAAUAACUGACGUUGACUUGGCUGCAUUUCAAGCUGGAUAGAGUGAGAGAGCAGACAGAGGGGGGGAGAAGAAAGAUUUUCAAAACUUCCUAAUAAUACAGGGGUGUCAGGGGUCGGUAAGACAAACAUCCCUAAAACAGAUACAUAAGCAUCACAAUGGCUAUGUUUUCUUAAUGCCAAUAUUAUCGUUUUUAAAGGUGACUUGAUUGCUUUGCUCGCUCCCUUUGUUUCAAAACAACGUAAUAUUCUGUUUUCCUCUUGCAUUAUUGUUGAACCUCAUUAAGCAGCUUUUAAGGAAGGGGGAAAGUUAGCUAAAUUGUUGCCUUCAUUGUCAUACUGUUUCUUUUGACUUUUUUCCCUCUUAAUUUACGGAGAGGAAGAGAGAGGGGGGAAAGCAACUCCUGGCAAACACAUAUGCCAAAGUUAAUUAAGCUUGAAGUUUGAAUCCUUUCAUCAGAGGGGAAGCCUGGGAUUCAGUUAUGUAGAGAAAAUCUCAAAGACUGGGGAGGGGGGUAUUACUAACUGUGGGUUUUUUACUCCCAGCUACCUGCCUGGGCCUGUUCAUUUGAAUUGGAUCCUCAUCCUGAGUACACCGCCAGCACUUUCUACUUUUGGCUCCUCUCCCCUGUUCAACCUCCAGUACGUUUUGCAUAUUCAUUGAUGAAAAACAGCCUUACUGAGCACACUGAGCAAGAGGUGCCAGUUACAAUGAAUUGUCACACUGUACGAUUAGAAGCUAAAAGCAAGGUAAGACUUUCUGUUCUCUUCCUGCCCUUUUUAAAGCAGCAACUGGAAGGAAAAUAGAAAUUGACACCAUAUAAUGGCCUCUAGAUGUGCAUAUUCACUAGACCUAUGAGUGUUUCUUUUCAGCCCUGCAGAAAGAGAUUCGGGAAGUUUAAAUUUGCUUUUUUCUGUUUUUACUUUUUGAGAAUAUUGAAGGUGAUGGUGUUAUUUCUUUAGGCAAGAGAGAAUGUCAUGGCACACAAGACUUACUGAGUUGUCUCUUAUCACAUUAAUACUUGGUUUAUCCUGCUGGAAGAGAAGGACAGCUUGACAUCACCUGCUCCUACUACAAAUAAAAACAACCAGAAACAAGUAACAUGUGCAACAGGAAAAAAAUGUUCACGCAAAAAUCCCCUCCCACAAAUUUUUUUCCUGUGUGUUAAAUCUUUAUGAAAUGCACAGGAGAGUAAAAUAACCUGACUUUGCGUUAUGUGUGUUUCAGUCACACAGGGGAAAAUUCAUCUCAAACCUACAAGCUUUAAGAAAAAUAUAUAUGUAUAUAGAAAUGUUAAGUUUAUAACAAAAGCUUUGCUGCUGCACUAAGUGCUAAGCUGCUCAGGUCAUAAUGCAGAUGGGUAUCAUUAGAGGGUGCAGGAGGAGCCAGUUGCUUUCAUGGUUUAUAGAUUUCUCAGGUGUUGCAUUUAAAUGAGUUUUUAUGCUCCACAUUGGUAAACGAACCCAGUGGCAGGCUAAUCUUCGUUUCAUUUGUCAAGAGUGCUUUUGCGCAAAGUGCCAAGGAAUUACUGUAAUAAGAAAAACAUGUUUAAAAUAUGUAAUUGAAGCUUUUGUACCUGUGUAUUCCUAGUGAACUUUGAAACAUCCUUUAAUGCAAAAUACUCCCUCAUUUUCAGGAUGAAACUUGCGUGCCAAUUACAGUUUUUCAUAAAGCCAAUUCUAAAGAGCUGCGCAGGAUGCCACUUCUGGUUCAUGUAUAUGGAGCUUAUGGCAUAGAUUUGAACAUGAGCUUUAAAGCAGAAAAUUUAAUGCUAAUCAAGGAUGGGUGGAUAUUAGCAUACUGUCAUGUUAGGUAAGAUCUAUACACUAAAAGCCACUGUCUUGUGGCUUCUGUUGCUUGUGAAAAUGUGAUUGUUAUAUUCUCAGUGCUUGAAAUUUUCCUUUUGACUGUAAAGUUUCCCAUUCCAUUUGCAAACAAUUUCCUCCUAAAUUUAUGUUACCUACUGUUUGCUGAUAAUUUCUUAAAAUUUCUGUUGCUUAGAUGAAUUCAGUUAAAUUCAAGGGAUGAAAAUGCAACUGUUUCAGUUCUUUGGCUUAGUGCAAACUGAUUGGAUUUUUGAAAGCCUUUUAGAGAUCUUUCAUACUAUUCCUGUGGUAGCUUCCACUAUAUAAGGCUUUUCUUUCACCAUGUCAUAUAAAAUUAUAUUCUGAUAUUGCAUUAGCCUUGUGGUGAUUUACAUUCACCUAAAAACAAAUAAUGAAGGAUAUAUUUGCCGACAAAAGAAGUCACCUUAAUUUUUUAAAAACCUAUCCCAUUAACUAAUUUUUCUGUCUUUUUUGUGGCAGCAUAUAAAGGACUUUCAGCUGUUCCACAUAGCUCUAAAUAACCAAUAACAGCAGCUGAAAAUAAUUCAAAAGAAAAUAGUUUCUCUCUCUCUGCGUGAUUUUGUAAAACAACAAAAUAAACAAUAAAAUGUAGUUAGGCAAAUCAUUACUGGUUAUUUUUUGUGACAUCACAGUAAAUACAUAGCAUAUCUCAGGAUGCCAGGUCCUCAAUUCAGUUUUUAUGGAAUUGACAAAUAUAAAACAUAAAUAUAUAAAAAGUAAGAUUUCUCCCCCUUGUUGUAACACAACAUGGAAUUAAGCCCAAUUUGUUUCAGUGGAAUUUAAUUCCCUAUAUAUGUUCUUGGGAUUGUGGCCUUGGGCUGCCCUUGGUUUCAAUAGGACAAAAAAAGAUAAAUCAUUUGGAAAUGUAUUCUGUGCCAGACUUUUUAAAAGAAGCAGAAUUUGUGCAGAAGCAAAAAGAAAAAAGAAAAGGCCCCAAUGUUACUCAGAAGUGGGCACUAGCCUGAGUAAGCCAUGCUUCUUCUUUUUGUACUUCUGCUAUGAUAUGGGACUAGCGGGUCUCAUCUGUGUGCUCUGUGAGUCCAAACAACCCCUGGAGCUCACCAGUCUGAAAUUACAGCAGAAGUGCAAAUGACUCCCAUAUCUGCUUCCCUUCCUUCCACAUAAUGUUUAAGCAGGCUUUUCACCAUCUCAACCUUAUUUCCAAAUCCGAAAACUGCUCUGGGUGGUAGGUCUUACCUGUAAAUUUAUAAAUGCUGUUUGUUUGCAUUGUUUCAAGAAUGUGAGCAACUUUAUACCUCUUUCCUAAUUAGCGAACCUGACUAAGGUAUUGAAAAAUAUGUGCUGAGUUUUAAAAUACAGUAGCUUAGGCAAGAAAUAAUAAUACAAUCACUGUAAAAUGAUACUUUGCUGUCAGAACAGUUUUAAGAAUUUCGCACUGCCUUGAAGUGAAUGAAUAACUAAAUAAAUAACUUUUCUUCAGAAUACUAAAUGUAAUGGGUUGGGUCCAGCUGAGCACUCCCCUGAAUGGAAGUCCUUGCAUUUCCAAAGAAGCUUUAAGCAAAGGCUUGUAGGGACAAAAGAGGGAGGGACAGCGCUUGCCAAUUUAGGUUGACCAGGUGUCUUACUUUACGGAGGACAGACUUCUGUUUGAAAAGCUGCCCAUUCCAAGUUCAGUUUAAUGUUUAAAAAAUAAUAAGGGAGAACAGUUAGCUCCUAGACAACAGUCUGAGGAGACACAUAGGUCACAGACUCCCCAACACUGCUGAGAUUAUUUGUAUUUCUGCUUAAAUUGUUGCAAUCAUUUCUGAGUUUGCAUACAUAAAUAUUAGCAUAUGCACAUUUUGUGCAAAUCAGUGCCCUCUUUCACCCUCUCUUUCGCUAUGGACUUCCAAUUUUUAAGUGAUGCGUAAAUAAGCACCCUAUGCUGCUUUCCACCUGCAGCCCUCUGCCCCACCUCCCAUUUUCUUCCAGGGGUUCCCCGGUCCUCUGAAGCAGGUUUUCAGGGCAUGGAAGAGAAAGAAAGGACCUGCAAAAAUUGCCUUGUCCCCUUUCAUAUGCAAAAGUUGACUGCACUCACGCAUGGAUCUGUGAAUCUAGCUGUUUUAUCACUUCUUUAGCUGUAAAUAUUUGACAGAAACAUGUGAAAGCUUUAAAAAGACAUCAAAGCACAUGUAUUGGCCCAUUUAUGACAUAGGAAGGCUUCCAUAUAUAUUAGAAAAUGAUGGUUGUCUUUUAAGAGAUGUGUAACAUUUCUCAGUAGUUUCAUUGUUGUUUUAUUUGUCAGAGGUGGAGGAGAGUUAGGCCUGAGAUGGCAUAAAGAUGGCAGUACCACAAAGAAGCACAAUGGUAUUCAAGACCUCCAGGCCUGCAUAAAGUUGUUACAUGAACUGGGAUAUUCUCAGCCAGCGCUUACAGCACUGAUGAGUGUGAGUGCUGGAGGAGUUCUUGCAGGAGCUCUCUACAAUAAUGAUCCACACCUUAUCAGAGCUAUGGUUUUACAGGUGAGAUUGCUCCUACCACAUUUCAUUCCACUCAAGUGCAAAGGUUUUUGCAGGCCGCCUACCCCUGCUUAAAGAUCAGAGUGAAGGGGACUUAAAAGGGAAGUGAGAAAAGACUUGCAAUAGCUUUUGCAAGUCUCCCUCUCUUCCCUUUUAAGUCUCCAGCCUCACUUUGAUCGAAAAGUGGUGGGGGUCCCCUCAGAGGCUUUUGCAAGCCUUCCCAUCCCCCGUUUAAGAUAGCAGCAAAAAGGAAUUUCCCCAUCUCUGGCUUAGAGGGUCUGCACCGGGUGUUGGACCAGAAAGACAGACUUAUUAUUACGUAUUUAUUAAAUUUAUACACCGCCCUAUACCCACAGGUCUCAGGGCGGUUCACAGGAGAAAAUCAUGAUAUAAAAACACAAAAUACAUAAUCAAAAUAAAAAGAAAAACCCAAUAACACACACACACCCCACACCAAUAACCACCUUGUUGUCCAGUGGCAUCCCUGGCCCAGGGAGCCUCUGCCGUGGUGUUGGAGAACUUCAGUAUCCAUAUGGAGGUUGCCACAGAGCCGCCUUGGGACUUCAUGGCAUUGCCUCAAAGGGUCAUCAGCCCAACAUGUUUGGCAGGACACACUGUUGGUGUAGUUUUCACUCCCAAGUGGUAUGAGAAAUGGACCACAGAUUGGGGCGGGGUUGGGGGUGCAAUGCACACCCUUGUCAUGGUCAAAUUGUUACAUGGUGAAGUUUGAACUACUUGCAGCAAUUUCCCCCUGUAAUGGUGGUGGGCCCGUUCCAGAUGUUUUCCCUUCAGAGACUGAUGGCACCUGUGGGGUUGCUGGACCUGUGGGGUUACUCUGGGGGUCUUGCAGCAAAGGUAGUUGAUGAUCUUAUUGAAUUUGCUUAUCCAUUUGCUAUGGGUAACAACAACAUCAACAACAGUAUUUUUAUAUGCCACCCAUCUGACUGGGUUGCCCCAGCCACGCUGGGUGGUUUCCAACAAUUAUAUCAAGAUGGAACAGGCAUUGUAGUUAUUUAAAAGGGCUUACAAGGAUCUCUCAAAAGUGGGUGAAUGGGCAAAUGAAAUUCAGUAAGCAAAUGAAAAAUAUUUCUCCUCAGAUGUGUUAACCAUUAAUAUGCAUGAAGAUUCUACAACUAAUUUCUUACAACGACCUAAUUAGAGGACCUGGUUAGGUACACUGGGAAAUAUUGGCAAGCUUACAUAUUAUAUCUGGUUUUUUCAUUUUAUAUAGUUAGUUUUCUGAAGUUGUGAAAAAAAACCAUUCAUUUUAUUCACAGGCCCCAUUCCUGGAUGUUUUAAAUACAAUGUUGGACCCUCAUCUUCCCCUAACUAUUGAAGAACAAGAAGAAUGGGGUAAUCCUUUGGUUGAUGAGACUUGCAAGGAGUAUAUCCAAAGCUACUGUCCCUAUCAGAAUAUUAGGCCACAGGUACCAGUUCAUCUAUUCUUAAUACCUGUACUACAAAGUGCAUUUCAAGCAACUGGGGGGGGGGGAAUGAAUCUCAAUAGCAGUUUUUACAGUUCAGAUAGGUGUUUUUUUUAGGAAUGGUUGUGAUCCAAGCCAAGUUAAGAACCUUCAAUAGGACGGUACUAAGAAAGUGCUUUAGGCUGCGGAUCUGUACACGCUUACCUAGGAGCCCUAUUAAAAGCAAUUAAACUAACUUCUUAGUAACAUAUCUAGAAUUUCCCUGUAACUCUUCAUACUUACAAACAUACAUAAUUUUAUCUGUAUGGCACCUUUCCACAGUUCAAACCAUGCUCAAGGCAGCUUACAACAUGAAAAAAUGCACAAGUCAUGUGCAACCCCUAGCAGAAAGUAAGUUCACAGGCAAGCCCAAAUUAUCCAGGCUCCUUUGCAAAGUAACGAGACAUGGAAAUGUUAUUGCCAAGAUCAGAUAUAAGCCUAAGUAGAGAGAAAGCAAGAUUAGGAGAGAAAAAAGCACCACAUCACAUCCUUAACAUAACACAUCUCUCAGUUGUGUUGAAAGAGAGAGGAAGAUGAAUUGCAGCAGCGAUGGGCUGGCAAGAUUUGCCUUUGAGUUUCUUUCCAGUCUCAGUCAUACAAGAUGUUUACAGGGGGGUUUUAACAGAAAGCAAGUGCAGUGCUUUACUAAGUCACAGAUAAAAUCUUUUCAUAAUUGUCAAAUAUGACUGGCAUGAGUGGUUUCUUCAUCUAUAUAAUCAAAUCUGUGAAAUGCUUCUCUCCUGCUGACAUUGCAGAGCGACUUCCACCCAGUUAAAAAUUAAUUGCUGCACAGUAACUCCAUCCUGCUAACUCAGACAUUUCCUCUCCUCCCCAACCCCCCUCCCUUUGCUCUAGAAUUAUCCUUCUGCUUUCAUCACAGCCUCUGAAAACGAUCAACGCAUACCUCUGGCUGGGUUAUUAAGAUACAUCUGUAAACUGAGAAAAGCUGUACAAGCUUUCCAUGCCCAAGACAACUGCACAAAAGUGAAAGGUAAAAUUAGAAAUCUGUGGUAGGCUGGAUCAUUAUAUGAGAAAUUGUUGCAAUGGAAGGACUCUUGCCCCAAUCCAACAAUAACAUGCAUAUGUACAAAUAUUUUUGUCCAAGCUGAAUUCUUGCAAUCUCUGAGCAAGAGCUAUGCAAACACAAAAUUAAAUAAGAGCUCUGCAGUUGCAUCAACCUUUUCUUCAAGGGAUGGGGAUGUGGGUCUAGAUUCAGUUUUCAGCUUCCUUCCCCAUCCCUCCAUUCCAAACAGAUUAUUGGUACCACUGGAAGAUCCAAUUCAGGUCAGAUCAGAUUAUUUUCCUGUUCCUUUUUUGCGUUUGCUGCUGCUUGCACAUACAUUACAAAGCAACUGAAGCAAGAACUACUUUAGGACUCUUGUGUGACUCAGCUCAAGGCUUCAGUUCCUCAUGAGUAAACAGAGAAGGGUGAUGGCUGGAUCUUAAGUCACAGUCAUGGUGGUUGAAGGGCUGGGUCAUGAGGGCUGAAAUGCUCAGUAGAGAUUACAUGGACAAACGGGGGUUUCUGCUGUGUGGACAUCUACCAUCAUCGGAUGGGCAAGAUGAUGAGGACACACUUUUUACGAAGAAGCAGAUUAAAUCAGACCAGCACACCUUUUGACCAGAAGCUUGAUAAAUCUCCCAAGUCCUUGUUGAAUGUACAUAUGGGGAGUGGUAAUGUUGGUGUAAAUGCAUUCUUUGCCUUAAAGUGCAUCACAUGGAAUGGCUAUUAUGAUAAUUGUCCUGGCAAAACCAGCAUCUGGGUCACUUUUUUUUUUUUUACGGGAUGAAUGACCAAAAUGAGUUUAUAUUACGAAAGUGCUUUGGAGCGAACAGGUACAGGAUACCUUCAAAAUAUUCCAUCCCCAUCAGUCAUUAAGCAUAACAGGUUGUGACAAAAUACUGAAUUUACUUUCAUCACCAGCAGAGUAUAUACUUGUUUCUACAAGAAAAACACAGCUUCUCCCCCACUCUUGUCUCAUCCUUUGUUGGCCUUUUCUGCUUGUUUCAGGACUUCAGAUGCCUAAUAUUCUCUUAGAUGUUCAGCCAGGAGGCAGUCAUUGUGCUCCAUCUUGGGAUGAUUCUUUAAAUCAGGUAUCCUCACUGUGCUCUUUUUUGCAAUCAACAACAGAAACAGCACAGAUCAGUGUUAUACACUGCGGAGAUAAUUGCUCUCAUGUUGUGAGAUAAAAACCGAACCUUCAAGGGUCGUGAACGUUUGAGGAAUAAUAUGUAUGCAUGCACAGUGUUUGUGAUUCCCAAAUAACCAUCUCAAAUCUGCACACCACCACUUAUCUACCUAGCACCAUCUCUCCUGUGAUAUCUACACACAGGGCCAGCCUUACCAUUAGACAGAAUGAAGCAACUGCUUCAGGUGGCAGAUGUUGUGGGGACAAGCAAAAGCACCCCCAGCUGUUCCUCCUGAGCCUGCCAGCUAUUCCCCUUUGUUGCCAUAUGGCCUCUCCUGCAGUCCCUAAACUGGCCAGCUACCUUGGGUGCAUGGGGGAUGCUAUCCUAUCAUCAAUGUGGAAGUGAAAUUCAGUUGUCGGUCCAGGUGGUAAGGGGACGUCCUGUUGCAAUUCAUCUCAGGCAGCAAAAUAUAUUCGACUGGCCACGUCUGCAUGCAUCGCCUCUCAUUCCUCUCCCUGGUGACUUACUGGGGGAAAAACACCCUGUAGGGGGUUUAGCAUGUAUCCUGGAAGGUUAAAGGGAAGACUGAGCAAAACAGUUGAAGUGGGUGAAGCCAUUCAUAAGCACAGGUGUUUUGUGGCUGUCCGUUUUAAGAUGAAUGCCCCAAAGUCACCUUGAAUAGGCAGGAGGAGCUGUUAUGUGAAUUGGUCAGUACAAGCUGAUCUUGAGCCCAGUACCUACCUAGACCAGAUGUUAAAAGAGCAUUUUCUUGUGUAUGACAUUAAUGCUUCUUGUGCUUUAUUUAGUGUAGACAUAUUUUAUUUGUUCUGCUUUCUACUCGUGGGUUUUAUACUUUUCUCCAUAAUAAAUAAGAGGCCCCUUGUUGGAAAAAAGAGACCCUGCACCUCUUUUUCCACAAAUGGAGAUGCCUUCUAUUCAAUUUGGAUAUCACCCAAGAAAAAAAUGCUAUAUCUAUAAAAAAAACUAAUUGGUCAUCAUCCAACCAGAGGAAUCCUACAGAUGGCAUUUAUGCAUUUCUUCUUGAGACGCUCUAGUCAUGAGCCAGAUUGUCUUCACUAGCAUCUAGCAUCUGUUUUGGGGGACUGGGGUGGGCAGAGGCCUGGAUUCAGCCAUUACCCUUCCACCACAAAAGCUGAUUGGUACUGUUGAAAACAGGCUGACUGCACUGUGCAAGGAUUGAGCUUCUUAAAUCAUAUACUGCAAAUUCAGCAAGGAAGCUCUUCCACUUUCAUUCCCCCUACACUGGUAGCAGUACUCAUAUGGGCUUCUUACUAUGUAUAUCAGGAACAUGCUAUACAUACCCGUGUAUAUGUAUGUUUUUUCUAAUUAUUUAUUAAUUUAGCUCUUUUGUACCUUUGCAAGCAGUUCUUGGGAGCCUUUUUUUUUUUUUGCUGAAAACAAUCAGUUAGAACAAAACACGAAGGAAUUUCAGCGUGCGAAAAAGCAACGUUCACAAAAAUAAUUCUUUGUUGCUUUCCCCCUGCACAGUUGAAUUCAGCUUGUCUACUUAGCAUAGAGUGCGUACACAUGAGCAAGACACUUUCUUCAUCCACUGGCUACAGUGGGAAGAAGCAAAGCAAUUUCGAAAGCAUUUUUGUGACACCGGCUUCAGACUUGCCACUGCUGUUCUAGUCACAAGCUGUGCUAUACCUGACAGUAAUGCUCAAUUCACAGGAAGCUUUUCUGAUCUCAGUGAAAAGCCCAUUACAACAGCUGCCAUUUUAUAAAGAGAAUUGAGCAGGAAGAACUCUGAUUACUGUACAGACUGCAAGAGAACCCACAUUAUUAUACCCAAUGUUACAGGAGCACGAAUUGCACUGGGAGGGAAGCAGUGGGGAAAGAAGGAGUUAUACUUCUCUGAAAUGUGCAAAGUGCUAUGAAGUGUCUGCUGGUUUUUUCACAGUGAAAUGUUUUUCAUUGUUUUAGGCUUCGACACAACUAGCAUUUUUGUACAAGGAGCUUGGACUGGACAAACGGCAGUAACUCUGCAAAGCUGGAAUUUUUCUCCCAAAUCCUAAGGCCAACGGAAAUAGUUUUGAUGGAAUAAGAAACUAUUUAAACUAAUUUUCUAUUUAAAACAGGAAUGGGAAAUUAUUUAAAAUAAUCUAUAGGGUUAUUUUAGAAUUGGCUAAAGUAUUCCAGAGUAAUUUUUCAUGAAUUUGUAAUUUCUGUACAUAUUUUUUCUUAAAAACUGAAAACCCUGUAUACCUCCAAAUGUCUUUUUUUUUUUUUUUACAAAAUAAAAAGUAUGUUUACUUGAAUU